CCCUUUGUGUAGAAAAACUUAUACCUUUAGCGAGCACAAGCGUUCAUUCCUGAAAAAUUGCGGUAAAAAUUGCGAAAAGCGCGAGUUCCCCCCGCGAUUGCAAAUAAUUAAUUUGCUUGGAACCACUGGAGACGCAAGGACGAACAGAGAGACAGACGCGCGUGCAAAAAAGGCCAAGUGGGACUGCUAGCGGAAAUCCAGGACUCGAGGACACGUUCGGGCGGCAGUAGAGAAGCGAGCAAGCAGCGACGACCAUGUCCGGCAUUGCUAUUACACGAUUGGGGGAGGAGCGCAAGGCCUGGCGCAAGGAUCACCCAUUCGGGUUCGUCGCACGACCCGCCAAGAACCCUGACGGCACCCUCAACCUGAUGAUCUGGGAGUGCGCCAUUCCCGGCAAGAAGUCCACCCCCUGGGAGGGCGGGCUCUACAAGCUGCGCAUGAUCUUCAAGGACGACUACCCCACCUCGCCGCCCAAGUGCAAGUUCGAACCGCCGCUGUUCCACCCGAACGUCUAUCCCUCGGGCACUGUUUGCCUGUCGCUGCUGGACGAGGAGAAGGACUGGCGCCCCGCCAUCACCAUCAAGCAAAUCCUGCUGGGCAUCCAGGACCUGCUCAACGAGCCGAACAUCAAGGACCCAGCCCAGGCGGAGGCCUACACCAUCUACUGCCAGAACCGACUGGAGUACGAGAAGCGCGUGCGUGCCCAGGCCCGCGCCAUGGCGGCCACUGAGUAGUCGGGCUCCUGCCAACCACCUUUACCACAUAGACAUUAACAAAUACACACAUCUAGCCGGCAUUUGAAGCUGGUCACAUUUCCCAACUAUUUCAGCUGAUCUGGCAAGUCCGCCAACAUUACUAUGCAUAAUUUUUGGCUGAUCUGGUAGCAUUCGCUGCUGAUAUAGCAAUGCUUCCAGCUAACGGUUCAUUUCCAACGAGGCCGCCAUAUUGAAAAAUGCCCAGUUAAAACACCUACUGAGAUUUGUGUUCGCCUGGUACUUCAGUCUGGGGAAUCCGGCAUACUGACAGCUGAAUUUAUUAUUUUUCCCGAGGAUGCUCAUAUAUUUCGAACUGAAUUACCAGGGAAGCAUAAGCGUGGAAAGGUGUUUUUAAAACAACCGCCAGGAUUCCCAAAGUCUUGGUUUUGGUGGGCAUGCUCUAUUCUGAGUACCAGGCGAACAGAACUUCUAGUAGGCUACCAACGAUCAGCUGAUCUAUCUGAUGCCUGGUCUAAUCUAACGGUUCUUUUAUUAGGGAUGCCACAAUAUUUUUCUAUUGAUCCGGUAAUAUGUCCGAUGUUUGACAAUAUUUUAAUCAAUCUGGCAACUAUGUCGUCAUAACAUUUUUCGCUAAUCUGGCAGCACUC